AUGGGGCCACUCUGCGAUCAGAGUGCGUGCUACUUAGCCAAAGGUAACUUCAAGCAGGACAUCCCGUCCCUUCGUCUCGACUUCAACACAACGUCCGAUAUCGCCGGUGAUCCAGCCCCCGUGUUUGUAGUUGAGGACAACUUCGGCGAUUGUGAACAGUGA